UCAAUUAUAAUAACAAUUAUAUAAUUUCUUUCUGGAACUUUCUUGUGUUCUCUAAGUUUCUUCUUCCUUCUACGAUUUUGGUUGUGUAAGAAAAAAGGAAAUUCUUUUGCAGUAUUCUGUUGUGUUGUUGUAAUUGAAAUCCUCAGAGCAGAGGAUUGUUGAGAUUAAGCUUGUUUUUAGAUUUUUGUUCUAAAAUUGGGGAAGGGACUAAAAUUAGGGACACUCCCAAAUUGUGCGAUCUUUUAGGGCAAUAAUUGGUUUCGGUUUUUUGGUCGUCAUCAUCGUUGUCGGUUCUGUUUCUGAAUCUCUCGUUUUCUCUGUUUUAAGAUUGUGAAUGAGAAGAAGAACAGGAUUAUUGGAACGAGAAAAAUAUUUUUUCUUCAGGGGGGAGAUAGAGAUAGAAACGUGAGGAUUUUCCGAAUAUAGAAUCGGAAAAAUGCCUAUGGAGCCGAUUGUGAAGGGGAAUCCCACGGUGUUGUCGUCCUCGUCCUCGUCGUCGCUCAUUCUAACCUCCGGUGCAAGCAGUCGCAUCAACGCAUUGUUGUCGAUGCGAGCAUUGAAGAGUCUGAUCAUGUUGGUUAAUGCCUUCAUUUUGUUGUUGCUACUGCCUUUCCGUGGCCAGAAGCGAGCUCAAGAUGAAAAGCAAGAAAGGAAAUGCCCCACGGUGCGGGUUCCAACGACGAUCGUCUCUUGGAAGAGCAGCAGCAGUAAUAAUAAUAAUAACAAUGCCAACUCUUCGUCAUCGACCGUGGCGAAAGCGGUGGAUCAGGAGGUGGCAGUGAGACGAGCUCUGGCGAUACAGAGGGUGGUUGAGGAUAAGGAUAAAAGUGAGGCUUCAGUACGAGAUUUUCUUCUCUUUCAAUCCCCAAGAGGAAAUACGAUCUUUACCCAAUCGUGGUCGCCUGUAUCUCAUAAGCUAAGGGGACUGGUGGUUCUCUUGCAUGGAUUAAAUGAACACAGUGGUAGAUACAGUGACUUUGCCAACCAAUUAAAUGCAAAUGGCUACAAGGUUUUCGGCAUGGAUUGGAUUGGUCAUGGUGGGAGCGACGGAUUGCACGCUUAUGUUCAUUCUCUUGAUGAUGCGGUUUCUGAUUUGAAAUCAUAUCUUCAGAAGGUUUUGGCCGAUAACCCGGGCUUGCCUUGUUUCUUAUUUGGACAUUCCACAGGAGGAGCCAUUGUACUUAAGGCGGUGCUCGACCCUAGUAUCCGUUCUUGCAUAUCAGGAGUCGUGCUUACAUCACCUGCAGUUGGAGUUCAACCAUCUCACCCCAUCUAUGCAGUCCUUGCCCCCAUAGUCUCAUUGUUGUUUCCAAGGCUCCAAGUUGGUUCUGCGAACAAGACGUCCCUGCCAGUGACUCGAGACCCAGAUGCAUUGGUAGCUAAAUAUUCCGAUCCUCUAGUCUACACAGGAGCCAUCCGGGUGAGAACUGGUUACGAGAUUCUCAAGAUCUCUUCAUAUUUGCAGCAGAAUUUGAGGAAAAUAAGUGUCCCAUUCCUAGUUCUCCACGGCACUGCCGAUGAAGUGACUGACCCAACAGCCUCCCAAAAACUUUAUGACGAAGCCUCGUCGACUGACAAAUCCAUCAGAUUGCUUCAAGGUCUACUACAUGAUCUGCUAUUUGAACCAGAAAGACAGAGUAUCAUGAAAGACAUAAUUGAUUGGAUGAAUGGUAGACUGUAAAAUGGAAAGGUUUUUGAAUUGGGAUAGAGAUGGGGCUGGGCAGUGGCAAGAGCAGGAGAAUUGUUAGCCAGCUAUUAUGGCUGAAUAAAGCCCCAGCAUUAUUGGUUGUUUGAUGUCAAUAGUCUUAAAAAGUUCAUCAACUUGAUGAAUUUCUUGUUUAUAAGGGAACUUUUCUGGGCUAUUUUUGCCAGUUUGGCUCCUUCGUUGUUUAUCAGUAAGGAGGGUUUGCCUUCGAAUUUUGUUACAUCAAUGUUCUAAGACUAUGGCACUUAGUCCACCUUAUUUUUUCUUUCCGUUUUCUUGUAUCAAACCAGUCUGGUGGAAUAUUAUCAUCUAAAUGAACAAUAGCUUUCUUUUUC